CAUACACCAACACCCCAUAUCGUUCCUGUAAUCGAGCGUCGAGCUUCAUGAUCCGCACCUCUGCAAUUAUGCACGUUUCAUGUCGGAUGGGAUUCUCGGUAAACACUGCAAAGGUGGCAGAGGCACGGAACAGCAGCCCUUCGGCAUCUCCCCCAAGUUUAUAGCGUGUGCGUGGAGCAGGAGGCGGGCUGUCUUGUUGAUCAAAAAUGACUCGAUAUGGCUGUGGCUUUGACUCAACAUACACGGCUUUGCGAGCGACCCUGGAAACCAUAACCACUUGAUAGAGUGAGAGUGAGAUCAUCUUAAUGAAAGUCAUAAGUGGGGUUGGAUGGCCAUGGACCCAUUCAGCCAGCUUAUCCUCACCAUCUCUGUGACCAGUUUCCUCACCUUCCAGUGGCUCUUCCACAAAGUCAGCCCGUGGAUGUCCAUGCGCAUCAGCCCUGGCUUCCUCAGCCUCAGUGACAAGCAGAAGGUGGAAUGGAACUCAAGGACGGUGUCAACAUUUCACGCACUGUUGGUGGGAAUCUUCUGUCUCCACAUCUUGUUCUUUGAUGAUGCUGUCAAUGAAGAUCCUGUCUGGGGAGAUCCUACACUGGUGAAGACUAAUGUUGCCAUCACAACAGGCUACCUCAUAUCUGAUCUGCUGCUAAUAUUUUACUAUUGGAAGGCGAUAGGCGACAAGUUUUUUGUAGUUCACCAUCUGGCAGCAUUGUAUGCUUACUACUAUGUACUGGGCCAAGGAAUGUUGCCUUAUUUUGCUAACUUCCGUCUGCUCGCUGAGUUUUCUACACCAUGUGUGAACCAGCGCUGGUUCUUUGAGGUACUAGGUUAUCCCAAGUCCUCCAGGCCCAACAUGGCAAAUGGCGUUGCCAUGGCAGUAGUCUUUUUCAUGGUGCGCAUCGCUGUCAUGCCAGUCUACUACAGUCGUAUGUAUGCAGUCUAUGGCACUGAGGCCUUCUACCUUGUACCCUGGGGUGGCCGUGUGGCUUGGAUCUGCUCCAGUAUCUGCUUGGACAUCAUGAACAUUAUGUGGAUGCAUAAGAUUGCCCGCGGCUGCUACAAGGUGUUGCGCUCGGCACACCGGAACAAAGCUGGCACACCUCAGGAGAAUGGGAAGACGGAUUAAGGGAACCAGGAUGUCAGUGGUGUGGAAAUGCCACAAAAGUGACAAAAUGACAUCACUGCCAGUGCAUUGGUGAGCAGAAGUUUGGACCCUUACAUGUCAAGCUGCUUCAGUAGUAACACACCUGGGACUAGUGACAUUAAAGGGCCGUAUGUAAUGAGGAAAACAGAUUUUUUUGGCAAGGGGGCACAGUCACUGAGAUGUACUGAUGGACCAUUUAACUGGCCAUCCUUAAGCCAUGAAAUGACGUCUUAGCAAUACUCUGUGUGCAUGGUCAAUUAUUUUUCUCUUGAACAAUUUACCACUACACAAAAGAGGUUGUCAUGGGACAGUGGACUGUUAGCCCAACCACAACACAAAUUGUCAAAAAGUUUACCGUUCUUUACAAACUUAUUGCUCAACAAAAGACUUGAAAAUUUAAGUUCAUGUUAAUGACAAAGCAAAGAUUUGAGGGAUCCACGAAAACAUUUAGUGAUUCCACAAUAAUGGUUAGUGCCAUAAAAUCAUGUCAAAUGCCUGUUGAGGGAGAGAGGUCAAGCUUCUUUUUUUUCCUCCUUGAGAUAAAUUUGCAGGGAAUUGAUUAAGUCACAAUCAGAUCUUCUAAAGUGUAAUCACAGAGAAUAAAAAGUAUGAAUGAAUCAAUUCAUCAUUCAUCCACUGUCAUUCAACUAAGAGUUUCAUUUAGAAAGCCAGUCUUUAAGAAAUCUAUUGGAAUAUCUGAGUCUUGGUAGCGUUUACAUUUGAAUGAUUAAUUUAAAUAAUGUAGGGUUGAACAGGCAUUGGUAUGCUGUAUGUAAAGUGCAUUCAGAAAGUGUUCAGACCCCUUCAUUUUUUUCACAUUUUGUUAUGUUACAGCCUUACGCUAAAAU